AUGGUGUACCCCGAAGCGUCCCGCUGGGGCGCGCCCGACGCGAUAGCGCCCCUCUACGAUGACGUCUACCGAGACGGCGUGAUAUCGACGGUGAACGUGGUGGAAGCCCUCCAGGAGUUCUGGCAGGCGAAGGCGUCACGUGGUGGGGGUGCGGCCGGCGGCGGCGGAGCCCUGGUCAUCUACGAGUCCGUGCCAGCGGCGCAUCCGCCCUACGUGUGCUAUGUCACACUGCCUGGUGGAGCCUGCUUCGGAAGCUUUCAGAAUUGUCCUACGAAGGCGGAAGCGAGAAGAAGCGCAGCCAAGAUUGCGCUCAUGAACAGUGUGUUCAAUGAUCAUGAAUCACGCCUGAUCUCCGACCACUUCAUAGAGAAGGCGGUCGCAGAAGCGCGCGCCUCCUUCGCAGGCGACAACACCUCCCAUAAUCAAGACACAAAUGCAGGCAUUGCAGCGUUUAGGUUCAUGCUGGAAGCGAACAAGGGACGUACGAUGUUGGAAUUCCAAGAGCUGAUGACCGUUUUCCAGCUGCUGCACUGGAACGGGUCGUUGCGGGCCAUGCGGGAGCGGCAGUGCUCGAGACAAGAGGUGGUCGCCCAUUACUCGGCGCGGGCUCUGGAUGAUGCGAUGCGAGAGCAGAUGGCGCUCGAGUGGGCGAACAAGGAACGAGACUCCAUUGCAGCGGGUACUGGUGGAGUUCUGCGUGGAGAGCUCGCCAGAGCUGAAAGAGAACUCCGUGCAGCACGCCUAGCCGCCAGGGAACUGCGCUUCCCGAAAGAGAAGAGGGACAUCCUCUUGCUGGCGGCGCGCAUGGUGCCACCGCAGCCGCAACAGUGA